CAUACAGGCGGCAGCGGUUGGUUGAACAAAAUGGCAACGUAUGGUGAGGAGCCAGUCGACAGCUACUUCUAUUCUUCUUACAACCCUUACAUGGGCAGGUACCCCAGGUCAAAGGACGCGGGGUGGAAAUAUAAAAGCUAUCUCUCCCACUAUGGAGACACCGACGCCUUCAACAACCACCAGCGGGCUCAGCUGAAGUCCAUCCUCUCCCAAAUCAACCCCAAACUCACCCCGAGGCUCAGGAAGGCCAACACCAAAGAUGUGGCGGUGCAGGUGAACCCGAAGAGGGACGCUUCGGUGCAGUGCUCCAUCGGCCCGCGGACCCUCCUGGCUAUGAAGCGGGACUUCCAGCGCAAGAGGAGGAUGGAGCCCGCGACGCCCGGCGGCGGCGGCGGCCCCAAAACGGCGGGCGGCGGCGGCGGCGGCGUGCGGUACCCCCGCACCCUCGCAGUGUAUUCGCCUUUGGCGUACAGGAGCGUCACCUCGUUCGUGGUCGAGGACGGUGACCUCGGUAAGGAAGUCUCCUGCGGCGCGGAGCAGAAGCUGGAGCCGCCCGGUGACUCGCCCGAGUCGGCGGGGGAAGCCGAGGAGAAGAAGGACGAAAAGAAGCAGGCGGGUGAGGAGAGAAAGACCUCGAAAGUCCCGGAACAGAAGAAACAGCCCAGACCCACACAGCAGGUGAAGGGUGAAGACGAUCAAACGGCUUCAGAGGAGUCAAAGAGCAAGGCGCGGGUUCGGUUCCAGUUUCUGGAGCAGAAGUACGGAUAUUAUCACUGCAGAGAAUGCAACCUGCGAUGGGAGAGUGCGUAUGUGUGGUGUGUUCAGGGCACCAACAAGGUUUACUUCAAACAGUACUGUAGAAAAUGCCAAAAGGACUUCAACCCAUACCGUGUUGAGGACAUCACAUGUUAUACUUGCAACAAAGCACGUUGUUGCUGUGCGAUAACACAACGGCACGUUGAUCCCAAACGACCCCACAGACAGGACCUGUGUGGCAGAUGCAAAGGAAAGCGGCUCUCCUGUGACAGCACAUUCAGUUUCAAAUACAUCAUCUAAGAAGCCCCUCACCUGACCUCUGCCCCAUCAACACAGCGCCGUAAUAAAUCGGAUUCAAACCCUUUGAUUCAGUACUUUAUUUCAUGCCUGUUUUGUUUUGAUGAAACUGACGAGCGACAUGAUUUACAGUGUAAUAAAUGGCUGUAUUGCA